CAUGAAAAGCUUAUCAUGUUAGUUUAACCGGCGUUCAACACAUACAGCUAUGUCUGCUCUGCUCACUGACUGCAAGCAAACUCCGAGGGAGAAGAGACCGUUUCCCCACACUAAGCCUAGCGAAAAAAGGGCGGCUUUAGAGGUUUUUUUCGGUUCCUCUUGGUUUGGUAUCUUUUUCCUCCUCUCUCUCUCUCUUCCCACUCUUCCUGUUCUUGCUUUAUUCACUUUCUUUAUCUUUAUAUCCCUUUGGUGCACAACAACAAAGAAACAACAACAAAAUACUCGUCAUGUCGGUUGUAGAAACGUUUCAUGGAUACAUCGCAAAUACAACAGAUUCGCUGUUAUUGUACGAAGCCUGCCGACGAGGUUUGCUUCCUAGAGUUAGUCGUCGGCUGCAAGAGAAAGAGCGAAACUGUCUGGUGAGAUCUGGAUCGGUGUUUGUGUUUGAUGAGAAAGAAUCGGGAAUUAAACGGUGGACAGAUGGCCUUGUUUGGAGCCCAUCUCGUAUCUUGGGCAAUUUUUUGGUAUACCGCGAGCUUGAUCGCAGAGCCUCACAAGGAGGCAAACGGAUUAUUGACCCAAAAGAACAAGAAAGAGAUGAAUCAAAGAACGACUCUGAUGAAGCGGAGAAAGUGCGUGAAAGGGCACUGGUUGGUUCCCUUACAAACUCAUACAAAUUCAAAAAGAAUGGCCUGAUCAAAAAGUCUAUGUCCAUUGUGGUCGACGGCGUUCACCAAAAUUUGAUCAGCUAUUAUGACAUUGAAGAUGUCAUGGCUGGUCGCUUGAGAACACCCUCCAAUGUGCCCGAGUUAGCUAUCUUAGAAAUUUCUCCCGAUUUCUUACACAAGCAGAAUUUCCGUAUUCCUUUACUGAUUGAGCCCGGUGGUGAAGUUACUGGCGAACAACAACAAGAUUUGCCUUCCCCACCGCCCUCUUCAUCGUCUUCAACCUCGUCAGCAGAACGUCGACCGUCUACGCGAGACUCUGGUCUUCCAUCCUCUCUCAACGUCGAAAAUGAACAGGCGCAAUUUAUGACGCCGCAGCAGCACCGACAUUCAAUGCCAUAUUAUUCACAACACAUACCACAUGACUAUCAAGAUAUCACAGGUCAAAAGCGAAAAUCAACAUCUCCGCACAUGUCGGACUCUAUUGCGGACAAUUCACCGGCACUUUCCAACAACGACACUGCUCAGCUCGCUCCAAUACAGCCAUCGUUUCGCCCUCCGUUUGGGCAAUCCAUGGAUAACAACUUGGACUCUGUCGCCAAUCUUCCAUUAUCAUCUGCCAACACCACGCACCCUUCCAUGAUUCCCACCACUAGUAUGAACCCUCCGAAUAACUUUUCUUAUGCCUACAUGCAUGUUCCAGACCGCCGAAUAGAUGAAACCCCCCUGAUGCCACCUAUCGGACGAUCUAGUGGUGGAGGUGGAAUGAGAAAUAGCUCACCACAAGAACUGUUCUCGUCACAAUCAUUUCAUAACAUCAAUCAAUCCACCAUGCAAGUUAGAAACGACGCCUACGUGACCACCAAUUCAUUUAUGAGCAAGCCCGCUCUUGUUGCCGGCAACUGGAGCGAGUAUGACCUUCAGAUGUGAAGGAAGUGAAUCCAUUACUGUGUUUGGCGACUCUUUCCUUUAAAGAUUGGGCGAAAACAUGCCACCAACGUCUCACCGACGCAACCAACCACCGCUUGUCCGCCUCCCUGUGCUUUUCCUCAUUUUCCUCUAUCUCUUGUUUUUUUUUUUAUUUGUCUUUUUGUCCAUAAACAGUUUUUGUGUCGUCUCAAAAUACUCUGGCUUUUUGGAUUCCUCACCAUCCACGAAGCAGAGCAUAUUUUCUUCUUGAUCUGACAAAAAAAUGCUUCCUGUCGAA